AUGCACACCAAAGAGUUAAAAUAUGAAAUGGUACAGAUGUUUUUAUCAGGGAGAGUGGAUCCGAAGCGGCCGGUGACGCUGAUUCGAAAAAGCGACUCGGUGGCCAAUGAUUCCCAAGUUGACAAUUCGGCUGCUAUCGAUGCUAUCGAAAAGUAA